UUUAUGAGGAAGCACUUCAGUAUGAGUGAACGCAGUCAGCAGAAUCAAGCUUUACUUUACACAAACACACUGCCCCAACUGAUCACAUCAGUCUGUAGUCAUGGCGUAUCAGCCUCUACCAGAGGAGGACCUCUCCUGUCCUGUGUGCUGUGACAUCUUCACGGAGCCCGUGGUCCUGACGUGUAGCCACAGCUUCUGCGAGGAGUGUCUGAAGAGGUACUGGGUGGACAACAAAGUAAGGCUGUGCCCCGUGUGCCGGAACGUGUCCCUGACGGACAGUCCCCCGGUCAACCUGGCCUUACGGAACCUGUGCGCGGGCUUCAGGAAAGACAGCGAGAGAAGGACGGCGGUGCAGUCAAAGUUGUGCAGUCGUCACGGCGAGCAGCUCAAGCUCUUCUGUCUGGAGGAUAAGCGUCCAGUGUGUGUAGACUGUCUGACCGUGGAACACAGGGAUCACAAGUUCUGCUCCACACAGGAGGCUGUUCAGAUGUACAAGGAUGUUUUGAAGACUGCUGUGAAGCCGCUGCAUGAGAGACUGGCCACCAUAAAAAAGAACAAAGAAACCUGGGAACAAACUGGACAGCUUUGUAUCAGUCAGGCUAAGUCCACAGAGAGCUUAAUCAAAGAGGAGUUCAACAAACUGCAUGUGUUUCUGCAACUGGAAGAGAGCAUUUUGAUUGAUAAGCUGAGGGAGGAGAAGGACAAGAAAAAUGAGACCAUUGAGAAUAAAAUUGAGGAAAUCACACAAGUGAUUACAUCUAUCUCACAAACCAUCACCCUCAUCGAGCAGGAGAUGCCAGCCAAUGACCUUUUAUUUCUGCAGAACUUCAAAGACACGGAAAAAAGAACAGAGUGUACAGUUGACGAUCCAGAGGAUUUAACGGGGGCACUGAUUGAUGUGGCAAAAUAUCUGGGCAACCUUAAAUACAAUGUUUGGAAGAAGAUGCUGGAUAUUGUUUAUUUCACACCCAUAGUCCUGGAUCCAAACACGGCCCACCCCAUGCUGAGAGUGUCCGACGAGCUGAACACCCUCUCGGCCGGUGGGGUGCAGCCUCUGCCAGACAACGCUGAGAGGUUUGACACCUACCUCCAGGUGCUGGGCUCCGAAGGCUACACGUCGGGGAGGCACACCUGGGAAGUGGAGGUGGGCCAGAACCCGAGCUGGCUGCUGGGCAUGGUGAGGGAGUCGGUGAAGAGGAAAGGGCCGGUCAUGCCCUUGGGCCCCGUCAGCGGCCUGUGGAGCAUCUGGCACCGCGACGGCGGCUACAUCGCGGUCACUACUCCGGUGACCCCUCUGCUGGUGAGGAAGAAGCCGCGCAGGGUGAGGGUCGAGCUGGACUAUGAACGAGGGGAGCUGGUGUUCAGUGACCCCUCCACAAAGGUCACACUGCACAAGUUCAGAUACAGAUUCACAGAGAGAAUGUUUCCCCUGCUGUCUACAGGCACCGACCCACCAUUGAGAGUUUUACCUCGGAAAAUGUCUAUUUCACUGGAGUUGAAUGAUCAAAACAAUCACUUUCAUUUUUAAUAUGUCGUAGGGUUUUAAUGAGUCAUUGAAUAGGCAUAUUACUAAAUUCAGAGCAGAAAAUGGUCUGUGCAGUCAUAGAAUAGUCCUCAUGGUGUCAGUAAAGUCCCAGCUAAACCAACGCUCUACUAUCAGUCAAGGGGCAAUAUUUUGCACAUGACACUGUAGACAUAAUGUUAUACAACUAUGGCACAACAAUGGCAUUUUGUCUUUGUCUUUACUACUAACAUUAUAUUCUUAUCCUUAAGUAACUCUAGGAUUUGGGUACUGAUAUGUAGCAUAUGUUAGGCCUCAAUCCUAAAAUAGCUAGAGUUGCUGAUAAUUGUUCUCAUAUAAAUGAACAACUAUCUGAAAACAAAGUUAAGUUAUUAAAUUAAUAAAAUUAAAAUGAUGUUCA